AUGAAUGAACUGGAGAAGAGGUGGGAAAGUAUGAAACUAACGGAGGAGGAAUCCAAAUGCAUCGAUCUAGACGAUGAGAUACCAGAGGAAUUGAAAAACAAGGAAGACUGUAGUCUGGUAGGGAAAGUGUGGGUGGAGAGAAGCAUUAGUAGGAUGGUGAUAGAAAACACAAUGGCAAAAGUAUGGAGAAUUAGUAGAAAAGCUCAGUUCCAGGAGGUUGGAACAAAUAUGUUUGUUAUGACUUUUGCCAACCAAGCUGACAAACUACGUAUUCUUCAAGGAAGGCCAUGGUUAUUUGAUAACCAGAUGUUUGUGAUAAUGCAGCUGAAUGGAUCUAUCCCUCCACAGAAGAUGGAUUUCAGUAGAGAAAGGAUGUGGAUUCAGUUACACAACUUACCUUUAGCAUGUAUGAAUAAGGAUAGAGGAGUGGUGAUGGGGGAGACUAUUGGUAGAGUGCUGGAAGUGGAGACUCUGGUUGAUGGAAGCGGAUGGGGGUCGUUUCUUAGAAUCCUAACAGAGUUAGAUUUAAAAAAACCAUUAGCUAGGGGAAGAACUAUUACUAUAAAAGGGCAGGUUCUCUGGAUACCUGUUAAAUACGAGAAACUUCCUCAUUUCUGCUUCAGAUGUGGGUGCAUUAUCCACGAUGAGGUAGGUUGCAGGGGAAAGGAUGGGGAGGAAAUACAGUUUGGUGCUUGGAUGAGGGCUGGAGUGAGAGCUAAGUUCCAAAAACAAGGAGAGAGUAGAUGGAGUCCAACUAGAAAUGGAGUCAGCAUAGAGAGAGGGGAAUCAGCUGCUAUAAUGAAGGUGAAGGAGGUUCCACAAGAGUAG